GAGUCCAUGCGUCACAGACACAGAUUGCAGUGAAACCAUCGACCUAAGCAUCUGUGUGAAUCAGACGAUGUGCGACUGCGCUAUCGGAUACAAAAAAGAUACAACUAAAAAUAGAUGUACAGAGAAUUCCUCUUUUAAAAAGUGCACACAUGACGUACAGUGUUUAGCCAUUCCAUACAGUUCGUGUGAUAUUAAUGUGAACUCAUGUAAAUGCAUUCCAGGUUAUCAGCGUGAUAGCGGCGCUGGGACGUGUGUACCGAUAAACAUGGAUUCCAACAAAGCACCAAACGAUGUUAAUAGCAAAAGUAUCAAAUAAAUCUUUAAAUAAUUCAGAAACCAUUUUGAUGCCAUGUAAAAAUAAUUCAGAGUGUUCUCAUAUAAUACCCGGAAGUGAGUGUAAUUCAUCAAUAUGCGCGUGUCCACUUGGCUACAUUUUGGAAUUAAACGAAACGAAAUGCGUUAAAUACAUAUCUAAAAACAUCACGAUAACUUUGAACUCGUCCACACACAAUGUGAAUCACACAUGUAGUGACAACUGUACUAGUGCUGAUAAGUCAAUGUGUACUUCCGGUAAGAUAGCCGAUACUACCGGAAUUGGAUGCGUCGAGGUGCUCAUAGGUAGUCACUGCCAAUCAUCGGAUGAAUGUGCCGUCGCCAUCAACAACAGCUUAUGUGAUAAUAACAACAAAUGUGUUUGUAAAACCGGAUUCGUGCCAAAUUCAAACCAAUCAAAAUGUGCCUCGCAACAAAUGCCCUGUGUUCAUGACCACGACUGUUCGCAUUUGAUUCAAAAUGGCGUCUGCACCAAUGAUUCAAUUUGUGGUUGUAAAGCUGGAUUUAAAAUGGAGAACUAUACUUGUAAUCAGCUUGAGGUUUUUGAUGCUUGUUCUGAUGAUUUGGAAUGUCUUUCAGCCGUUGAUGGAACGACAUGUGAAAACGGAUCUUGUGUUUGUAACAUCAGUCGGAAGGUAGACUUAAGCACAGGACUCUGUGUAUGGAAGACGAUCGGAGACGGGUGUAUUGGGGAUCAGGAUUGCUCGCUAGAAUCAACGGGUAGUCAUUGUUACAACGGUACUUGUGCUUGUAGAAUGGGAUUUAAGCCAAAUGAAAGGCGAACUAGUUGUGUCCACUUUAAACUUGGUGAUUCUUGUUUAGCCGACUCGGAAUGUGAGGCUGGUGUAGAUAAUGCUUGGUGUGAUUUGGAUAAUAUAUGUGCAUGUGCAUUAGGUUUUUACAGCCUUCCAAACAUGUCUUCCUGUGUACGGCGGACUAUUGGGGAUGUCUGUACAGUGUUAGAGGAUUGUACUAAUGCUGUGAUAGACAGUUUGUGUAACGAUGUGAACCAGUGUGACUGUGUGGAUGGGUUCCGUGACGCUGAUAACGGCACCAGUUGUGUCCUUCUGGAAUUGGGAGACGCUUGUAAUGUAGACGAAGUCUGUAACUCUGCCAUCAAUAAUAGUGAAUGCAGUAACGAAGGGAUCUGCAAGUGUAAAUCUGGAUAUGAACACAAUAAGAAUAAGUCUUCGUGUUCGAUGAUAAAACUCGGCGAUAGUUGUACACAUCGAGACGGUUGCAGUGCAUUGAUUGACUAUAGCACAUGUAGUAUGGAGUAUAUAUGCACAUGCUUACCUGGAUAUAGACCAAAUGUUCAAAACGAUAGAUGCGAUCAAAUCAAACUUGGACAUCCAUGUGAUACAUCGACGGACUGUACGAGUACCAUAGGCCACAGUUUGUGUGGAGACGACAAACUAUGUGGAUGCACCGCCGGGUACAAGCCCGAUAACGCCAGUAGUGCUUGUAUCAGAUUGAUUUUAGGUGAUAUUUGCAUUUUUAAUAUAGAGUGUAAUUCUGCAGUAAACGGUUCGGUUUGCACCGGUAACCACACAUGUGAAUGCGAAGUAGGUUACAAAGCGAGUUUAGACUACAAUAGUUGUGUUCCUCUUGAAAUAGGAGAUGUUUGCGUUUCGAAUGAGGCAUGUAGUUCGGUGAUAAGCUACAGUAUAUGUGGACAUGACAACCGCUGUCAGUGUGACACGGGUUACAAAGUUCAUGUAACAGUGGAUAAUAUAGCUAACAUAACCACGGACGUCUUGAACGAAGUUGUCGGUGAUGAAUGUAUUCCUUUAGUGAUUGGUGACAGUUGUUCAACGUCACACCAAUGUAACAGGGUAAUGGAUCAUAGCGUGUGUAUUACCGAGAAGUGUGGGUGUAAGCCUGGGUACCGAUUUAAAAUCAACGGCGACGGAUGUACAAAUCUAAAGCUUGGUGACAAGUGCAGACGGGGACGAGAGUUCCACGACUGUGCCGACAUAUUGAAUAGCCAGUGUGGGAGAGGGCCCCAGUGUAUAUGUGACUAUGGCUACAGGGCGGCAGAGGACGGAACAUUUUGCAUCAGUAACAUGUUGGGCGAUGCCUGUAGUCAGCAUAUUGAUUGCAGCGUCUUGAUGCCAAUGAGUUUCUGUGGAGAGAAUAACUUCUGUCUUUGUGACAGGGAGAGUGGAUACAUCGCGAUGGACAAUAAAACGGACUGCAGACUCAUCAGUCACGGAGAUCCGUGCCGCGGAGACAGUGUCUGUCGUUUUGGACUCAACGCAAACAGUAUAUGUGGCAGCAAUGGUACAUGCGAAUGUCGUACAGGUUACCACUUUGAUGAAGGAGACAGAAGAAAUUGCUUCCCCUCCACGAUUGGAGAUUCAUGUGAAGAAGAUAUUGACUGUUCAACAUUGAUGAACGAUUCUCUGUGUGGUCGUGCGUCUAGCCAGUGUGAGUGCAUCAUGGGAUAUAUCCCUGCGCAGAACAACACCGGCUGUGUUCAAAUAACCAUAGGUGAUCACUGUCUGGUGGACUUAGAGUGUAAAACAUCUGUCAAUUAUACACGGUGCCUCAACAACACCUGCGCCUGUAUCCAAACGUAUAAACCCGACACUAACGGGUCUCUUUGUCUCAUUAAAGCACUCUUUGAUGAAUGUGAUAGUAGUUUUGACUGUGCUCAAAUAAGUGAUAGCGAAUGUCGUAAUGGAACCUGUCGAUGCAUCAUUGGUUUCUACGAAGAUGAUGAUAAUUCCGUAUGCACGAAACACACUUUAGACUCCUUAUGCGAGAAGAACGAAGACUGCAGAACAUUUAUCAACGACAGCUCUUGUUACAAUGGCACAUGCGCGUGCAACGUUGGCUUCUUUGUUGACAACAAUAAAACAACAUGCACGAAGCGUAAAGUCGGAGAUACUUGUGACGUGGAAUUAGACUGUCAAUCAGCUGUAGUCAAUAGUAACUGUUCCUAUGGAUCAUGCGAGUGCUUUCCAGGCUACCUUCGUAACCAUGGAAACGAUACUUGUACGAAAAGACGAAUAUCAGACGCAUGUGCAAUGAAUUCGGACUGUCACAAUGCAAUUGCCCGCAGUAUAUGCAUGCUAGGAAAAUGUUCCUGUCAGCGAGGAUAUAUGAGCUCGGACACUGGAACGUCAUGCUUAAAACGAAAAAUUGGAGACGUCUGUGAGUUUACAGAGGACUGCUUCAUUGCCGUAACGAAUAGUUUCUGUGACAACGACACCAGAACCUGUGUCUGUGAUCCUGGGCUCAAAUCAGAACUCAAUAACUCCAUUUGUGAACCAAGGGUCAUUGGUGACUUUUGUUCAGAGGAUCCCGACUGUUCCUCCGCUGUGAAUAACAGUCACUGUGUAGCCGGGUUCUGUGAAUGCGAGACGGGGUAUAAAGUCUUAAAUGAUGGCCGCAUAUGCGAGAAAAACAGAAUAUUUGAUAAAUGUAAUAUCGACGAUGAUUGCACUAUUACCGUUACCGACAGCGAAUGCUUCAAUAGCUCGUUUUGUACUUGUCUUCUUGGCUUUCCAGGAAAUGCAAAACAAUACCAGGUGCAUUUUAAGAAAAAUUGGAGAUGAGACGUGUGAAAAGGAUACUGACUGUUCAUCG